CCUGAAGAGAAAGUCUUUAACUAAAUUUAUUUGACUGAAAUAUCAUUGGGUAUUCAGAAAUAUGAAGGAUUAGAAUGGCUACCCCUCUUACCGUGAGAAGAAAGUGGCCUUAAGUAAACUCCCAUGAGUCUUGUUGGUGGGUGCGAUGAAACCAGGACUCCGAACCCACGCACCCACGCUGCGGCUCUCGUUUCACCGCCGCCGCGAUUUUGAUUGUGGUUGCGGUGGGCGCCAGAGCAAAUUCGCAGAGAACACUACAACGAGAUCGAUCUUUGUUGAUUGCCCAGUAGACUAACUACCUGUAGAGGUGUGUUUGUCUGUUGCUGCUGUCGUCGUCUUCAUGUUGUGCUUGUUCCUUUUCUAACUCUCUUCUUGAUGCUGUUAUCUCAUAAACAGAGACGAACGCCAAUCUUUAAUCCCCCUUCUCGAGCUGCUACCCAUAAUAACCAUGAAGUAUUUCGCUCUUCUUCUCAUUGCCUGCAUGAUGGCCCUUGCCAUGGCCGCCGAUGACCCCAGGGAUCUGGUCAAGGAUCGUUUGAACCGAAAGUUGAGCCGCAACCGCUAUGCGGAUGAAGACGAUGCGGCCACUUUGAAGCGCAUCAAGGAGCAUGACGUAAGGCGACAAAACAGGAUGAGGGAACUUAUCGAGCAGCGAACGGAGCAGCUCAAGGCCCACGAAAGCGGACACCGACGAUUGAGCGACGAGGAACAUACACGCUUCAACCGCCAAAUCAAGGCAUUCAAGAGAAAGCUUGAGCAAGUCGAUGCCAUGUCGGAAGAGGAAUACGAAAACUCCAUGCAAGAAAUGGCUCGCUCCAUCAAGCAGAUGAACACGAUGGGAAUGCCUGAUCUCUAA